UACUAUCAGAAGAGGUCGACCAACGUAAACAUGCGGAAUUUUAUUUUCGUUUUAGCUUUUUUCCAUUUAGCUUUUGCAGAGUUAAGCUCUGUCGAUAUUGAAAAAGUUUUGCAGAGACGAGAAUACGGAGAGGCAUGCGGUGAAUGUGACAGGGUUCCGGAUUUCUGCCGUGGGAAAGGCCUGUGUCUCAACACCCACAACCCACGACUCACUCACUGUCAGUGUGAGAGAGGGUCUUUUGGGCGCCACUGUGAAUUUAAUGAUGAUUGCUUGGGACACAACCCAUCUUGUUUUUUCUUCAGUAGAAUGCACGGACCACACACAAUAAAUGAGCACAGCGGAGCUUUAAGUGUUGAAACCGCAAAAGAUGGAGUAUUCAUAGGAAGAACAAACCCCGUAAUGAUAUUUAAACCACGUCGCUUGAUCUUGACUUACAUCAUGGCAGCCAAUGUCCAUGAUUACGAACCGCAGAUCGUCUUCUGGAAACCACAUGAUUUUGAUACGAUGGAAAUCAUGUUCAGAGGUUGCAGAGAUAGAGCAGACGGAGUCUGCGCGUUUGAGAACGAGGCUGAAUGUUCCCGACUCAGUGAACAAGACCGCCAGGAUCGCUGGUGUACAGAGAAAAAGUUCGUUCAUUACGCCUACUACCCACACGAUUACGCCAACAAAAAGAGAGUUGUCUGUAUUGAUGUGAGCCCGCAAGGAGAAAGACGCUUUAUGGAAUUUGGUGUCAGAACCAAGUGCAACAAUCCAAGGGGCUGUAACCUUCACGGCACGGGGUCAACCAGUAUCAAGUUUUCCUUGAAGCUUGAGCUCGGAACAUGUCAAUAUUUUGAGCAUUAGAUAUGUACAAAAAAUGUGUGAAAAAAAGUCAGAAUAAAUGAUUAAAAACCA